CAUAGCAAAUUAAAGGCGAUCAUCGAUCGCUUAACUAAUUAUAUAUAUAUCCAGCCAGCCGCAUCAGGAGAGAUCGAUCAUAUACAUCGAUCGAAGAGAGAGAGAGAGAGAGAGUAAUUAACAUGGCGACGAGCAAGAAGGAGGUGAGGCACGGCACGGCCCAGGCGAAGGUGAACGGUGACGACGAGAUGCUACGGACUGGCUUCAUCAACGGCACCCCGCUCGAGGCCGGCAAGGUCGCUGACUCCCAGCCCGUCGAUCUCUUCGACCAGGCUCGCCGCGUCUGUCCGGAGGAGGAAGAAGAUGAGGCCGGCUGCAGGAAGAUCGCAGAGUCGGAGCCCGUGGACCUCUUCUCCGACGCCGGCCGCGUCGCGCAUCAGCAGCAGCACAAGGUGGUGGGCCGCCAAGCGUAAUCGCGCCCUGCCCCGCCUUCAAGCAUAUGCACAUGCGUGCUAGAACCGUCUCCUCUCCUCUCCUCUCCUGCUAAUUAAGCCAGGCCGUAUACGUAUGUGUGUAUGUAAUACUAGUACGAAUAAUGCAUAGUACUACUAUGCGACAAGCUGCUAGCUAGUAGCUAGCCUUUUUUUUUCAAAUAGAACUAUAUAAUCCAUGAUCAUCGCCUCGGUCGAUAUAUAAUUACU